CCCAGCGACCCAGCCGUAUAGCAGAUUGGGAAGGAGUUGUAAGCAGACGCAACGCUACUUGUAUAAUUUAUACGAACAUCAUGGCUGCCGCUUCCACCGUUACUUUCAGCAAGUUCAUUGAAGGUAAAAUUCGAAUGUGGUUCAAGAUGUACAAUUUAAAGCAUGACGGCGGAAUGGGGAUGGAGGAUUUUGACCUCUUGGCGGACGUGUUCGUUAAGGAGUUUAAACCAACCGCCGCACUCGAGGCCGACCUCAAACAUUGGCUGCAAAACUGCUGGUCCAUUAUCAUCAGUGAGGGCAAAGAAGUCGCGAAAGCGGGAAAGCCGGGAGGCAUCACGGCAGACAACUGUCCGGCCCUAAUAGAGAUCGAGACUAUUCUCAACAGCCACCAGAGGAUGACGGAGGACCAAUAUGUGAAGGCGUUCGGCCAGCUUGUGGAAGUCAACAAGGACUUAUUCGUGAAAAACUUCACCAGAAUGGUGACCAUGUUCUUCACUCUGUUUGAUACAGACAGCGAUGGGUUUAUGACAGUGGACGAUAUGAUCCGGGGCUUUCGCUGCUUCGGUAUCGAACAAGAGGAAGCCACCCGAGCCAUCUUUGGCGAUCUUGAUAAGAACAAAACAGGCAAGUUGUCGCGGGACGUGUACAUAGCAGAAUGGGUUGAGUUCAUGGUUGGCGAGGACAAGGAUGCUGUGCUCGCUAAAUAUCUCUGUCAGGGACAGUCGUGAUGUCAUUAUUAAGGUGGCGAUAAAGGCGCUACAGAACGUGAACGUCGAGAAAUCAUCGUGCACUGUGUAUGUUGGCAAGGCUUAUGAAGUAGACACGAACACUUCGUUAGAUUCAUUGAGGGUGUUUUGUAAGCAUCAGUACUUUGAGUGACAUGCACGGUGGUUGGACGCCAGAGCAGCUCAAAGGAUAGACAUUUAAACAAACGUGGUAUAAGCUUGAUUUCAUGUAAAAGUAUCCAAGUGAGUUGAAAAAUAAAAAAAAUUCUGGAAAG